UGGCGGGAGCGCAGUCGAACCCAGCGCGGGGCCGAGACGCCUCGGCCGCGCUUUGUUAUCUCGACCGCCACUGAGUCCCGGCCGCAGCAGCGCGGGCCCGACGGACAGGAUGUCCCAGGAGAGCCUUCUCGGGAUGGACGAGGGAGCGCUGCGGAAGCUGCUGGAGGCCACACUGGACCUGGCUGAGCGGCGCCGCAUCCGCUCGGCUAUUCGGGAGCUGCAGCGGCAGGACUUGGAGAGGGACGAGGAGAUGUUGGCAUCCAAGCGCUUCCGCCCAGAACGCAGCAACCACCGACAGGAUGACAAGGAGAAUUGGCCACAGUCCCAGCACCUGGAAGAGGAACAGCAGGCAGCCCUGGCUGCCUUGUCUGAGCGGCUCGAAGCCAUCACCAGCGUGGAGGAACUGACAAAACUGCUGCGGGCAGCGGGUGAGUAUGAGGAGCGCAAGCUGAUCCGAGCUGCCAUUCGCAAGUUGCGGGCUGAGGAGAUUGAAGCUGCAACCCUGGCUGGGAAUGUGCAGAGCAGCCGAAGGGAUGGCAGCAAGCCCCCCACUGUGCCUGGGGAAGCGAAAAUUGUCCAGAGGGACAAUGCUGAAACACCAGCCCUUACUGGAAGUGAAGAGAGCUGUGGUGAGGGCAGAACCAAGUCUCCAGGCACAGACAAGAGCGGGGAGAGCAGCCAGCAGGAUGAUGCAGAGCCAGCACUGGCUGGGCCAGAGGAGAGUGGGUAUGGGGAGGCUGUGGAGCAGGAGCCCAAAGUCUCAGCGGCCUGCAAGCGAGAGGAUGUGGUGGAGCAGGAGCAUGUCCCAGCUGGGAUGCAGGAGCUGUGCAGCCAGCAGGCAGGAGACCCCCAGAAACCCAGUGCCCGGGCUGUGGUUUCGGGGACCCUUGUGCUCCUGGAGCUGCAGCCAGCCCCAGAGCCCAAUCCAGAGCCUGAGGAUGGCGGUGAGGACCUGCAGCAGGGGCAGCCCCAGGCAGCCUGGAAGGAAGGGAACCUAGGCAACCCUGCCAGCGCCCCAGAACCCAGUGUGGCGCAAAGCCCCAGAGGGGAGCAACUCAUCCCAGGCCAGCCCAGUACUGGCAACCAGCUUCUUGUUGGGGCACACUGCCAGGUGCUGGGGCCAGGUGGAAGACACAAGAGGCCAUCAGUGGCAUCGGUGCCCACCCAGGAGGUAAUGGGGACCCCGGCUCGCCUGAAUACUCACCAGUGGGAGCUGGUGCCCUCCUCCCUUUGCCUGGCUGGCCACACGGAGGUGACUCUGGGUCUGCGGAGCACCCCCAUUCGUAUCACCACCAUCCCCAGCAGUGUCAGCAGCAUCUGCAACAUCAGCAGUGUCAGCAGCAAUGUCACCAAGGACCCUUGCACCCACUUUGUGGGCACUGAGGAGCCCAGUGGCCCUGUGGCCCAUCCACCCACUUUCUCCAGUACGUGCCAGCAGUUGGCCCUGCAUCUCUCCCGAAGCAACAGCAGCAUGGAGCCGGAGGUGGUGGAGCAACACCAGGCACCAAGGCAGGAACCAGAGCUGCCCAACGGCAUGGAGAAGGUGCAAGUGAGGGAGGUGGAGAGGAGCAAGCUGAAUGCUGAGGAGCUGAGCAGGAUUGAGGAUGAGGAUGUUCUGGAUAAGAUGCUGGAUCAGACAACAGACUUUGAGGAGCGACGGUUGAUUCGAAAUGCCAUGCGGGAGCUGCGCCAGCGCAAGCGAGACCAGCGGGAGAAGGAGCGGGAUCAGUGGCUGCAGGAGGCUAGGAGCCAGUCUGUGGCAGGAAGGGCUGGCCAUGCCACAGAGACCACCACCAUGCAGAGCACUCAGUCAGCCAAUGGCUCGGCACGCAGCACUGUCACCAAGACUGAGCGUCUUGUCCAGUCUGGUGAUGGCACCAAGACCUCCCGUACUACAACCAUGGAGUCAAGUUAUGUGAAGAGAUCAGACAAUGGCAACAGCACUUUCGUUCAAACCAAAUCGUCCUACAGCUCCUCAUCCAAAAAGACAGGCAGCAUUUUUGACCGUGAGGAUGAGAGUGCUUCUCGGCAGAGCAGCCUGGCUGCUCUGGAGCGGCGUCAGGCAGAGAAGAAAAAGGAACUGAUGAAGGCUCAGAGCCUGCCCAAGACAUCAGCCUCACAGGCACGAAAGGCCAUGAUGGAGAAGCUGCAGAAAGAGGGUGGGAGUUCAAAUCCUGCAGCAUCACAGACUGCUGUGCAGCGCUCCUCCAGCUUUGGUGUGCCUAACGCCAACAGUAUCAAGCAGAUGUUGCUGGACUGGUGCAGAGCCAAGACCCGGGGCUAUGAGCACGUGGACAUCCAGAACUUCUCAUCCAGCUGGAGUGAUGGCAUGGCUUUCUGUGCCUUGGUCCACAAUUUCUUCCCUGAUGCAUUUGACUACAGUAAGCUGACACCCCAGAACCGCCGCCAGAACUUCGAGGUGGCCUUCUCUUCUGCAGAGAAGCACGCGGACUGUCCACAGUUGCUGGAUGUGGAGGACAUGGUCCGGAUGCGCGAGCCAGAUUGGAAGUGUGUGUACACAUACAUUCAGGAAUUCUAUCGCUGCCUGGUCCAGAAGGGGCUGGUAAAAACCAAAAAGUCGUAGCCCAUUGUCAGCCCCCCAGGACCAAUGGACGCUGGUGGACUGCGUGCCGCUGGUGGAGGUCGAAGACAUGAUGAUCAUGGGGAAGAAGCCUGACGCCAAGUGCGUCUUCACCUACGUGCAGUCCCUCUAUAACCACCUGCGUCGCCACGAGUUGCGCAUGCGGCAGAAAGAGUGCUAAAGCCUGCCCUGCCCACUCCCACUGCUGCCCUCACCCCAGAGCUGCCUGUGGGCAGGGGAGCUGCUUGCCUGGGAGGGUCUGGGGGGGACAUAGGUCUGGCACUGAGAACAGGACAAUUCUUCCAACAGUGCACCCCCACACCUCUGCCUUGCCAGAGCUGCUUCUGCCUUGGUCAGCUGUGGGCUGACCCUGUGGGCAGUGCCAGGUUCACCUUGCUGGGGAUGCUCCCACCUUAACUUGCUUCCCAUGCUCCAGUCUUUUUAAGUUAUUUGUUCUCUAGGAAUUAUUUGCCCUGCAGGCACCAUCCCUGUGUCCCUGGGGUGACUUGGGCACAGCUAUGCCCUCAGACUUGGGCCACCUCAUGGGUCUGUGGCUGAGCAUGACUCUGCAGUCCAGCCAGGGCCAUGGUACAUCCUGCAGGCAGCACUGUCAGUGGUUCCCUUGGCCCCCUGCAAGGAAGCUUCUCUGCCCACUGCAGGCCCAGCUUGGUGUCACCUCCCAUGGGACAGCUCCAUAACGGUGCCAACACCCUGCUUCCCACCUCCAUGUGCACCACGGGCACUUCCACAUUGGGGGCAACUGUGGGUUGGGGAGGGGGCAGCAGCAAGGGGUCCCAGGGGAGUGCAAGGCAAACAGAGCAAGCUGGGACAACCACCCCCCCUUUCCUCUCCAGCCCAGGGCACCUGCGUGUUCAGCGCUGCUUGCCCAUCUGUCACAUCUCUACACCCAUGCUGACACAUGUACCAACACCAGCCAGAUAAUAAAGGUUUACCUAGGGCAAUGCCUCUGGCUCAGGUCCUUCUGCCAGCGGCAUAUUGCACACCACAGUGCUUGGGGAACACUGGAAGUCCAGCUGCUGCUGGCUGCUCUACCUGCAGCUCUACUGCUUACCCACCCCAGAGGGACACUAGGGCAUGUAUUGCUCUUCCCCUCAUUAAUGAUGUCCAUAGUUAAGGCACUCUGACCAUGGUUCACUGUCCCACAUUGCCUCAAACCUAGCACAGGUAAAAGAUCCCACAUGGCCAGCAAGACUGUGGUCAAGCGCAGUGGUGCCCCACUUCCCUCCCUAGCUGAGGGCCAGAUGUCCCCACUGGGCCAGUGCAGGCAUGGGGCUUUGGUUCAGCACUGCAGGACUUGUUAAUGGGCUCAUGCCCAUCCUCCUGCACCCAGCUCACCCCAUGCCAUGGUGCCCACCACCCUCACCCCUCUAUCAUGCUGGGGAGGGGUGGCACAGGAACAGCACAGCUGGUCUGUAGGUUGGUUUGUGGCUCACCAGCAGUGACUAGGACUGCCAUCCUCUCCUGCCUCUGCGAGAAGCUCUGGAGCACACAG